UGCAGUAUGGCCAUUCUUAUGUUCUGGCUCAAACCAGGCAGCGAAUGGGAUCCAAGGAACCAUUAUGUCAGCUGGAGAUCACCAGAAUGCAGCAGCUCUCUGGCCACAUCUCCACAGCCCCUAUGUCACCCUCUGUGCCAAGGGGAAUAGAGACAUCUAUGCCCGCUCUGUCUAUGGUACUGUUAUGAGUAUCUCACAAUCUCUGUUGUAUUUCUCUUCACAACACCCCUGUGAUGAAGGACGAUGCUGUUUUCUCUAUUUUACAGAUUGGGAAUGGAGACACAGAGAGGCUCAGUGACUCGCCCAAGGUUACAUAGGAAGCACGUGUCAUAGCAGGGAAUUGAACGCAGAUUCCUGAAGUUCUACACUAACAACUUCAUUACUGGACCAUUCUUCCUCUAUGCCAGCCACUGGCUCCCCCAUGCCAACAUAUUCUCAGCUGCACAGGGGGGGCAACUUGAUGGACAGACACUUUGCACUGUUGCAGUGGCAUGAAGGAGCCAUAUAGAGGGCUGAGAAUCUGGCCCAGGUGAUAUAGUCCUAUGGAUGUAUUAAUGAGGCUGUAGAUUUCAGCUCUUUCAGAUGCAGGAUGAUUAUAAGGCGGAUAAAAAAAAAAUAAACGUAACCUCAGCCUCAUCAGUGAAAAGGCACAGGAGAAAAAUAGCCAAAGCCUGCAGUCUGUUUCCAUAGCACCUGUAUAUUUCACUAGGUCACUGCGUCAGUUACAUCAGGGCAGUUCCUCCUUGAGAGCGAUUGACUCAGGCUCUUUGCAAGCUCAGGCAGGUAUCCGUGCAUUGGUUACACUGGAGUCACUUCCCCCAUUCAGAGCAAUUAGCAGAGGCUCUUUUGCAGACUAAGGCAGUGUUAAACUCAGUGCAGAUCCCCCCCUUUCAGUGCAAUUGGCUCAGGCUCUCUGCAGGUUCAGGCAGACAUUGCAGUGUUGGUUACACUUGGGGCAGUUCCUCUCAGAGCAAUUAUCUCAAGCUCGUGCAUACAUCACUCAGGUCACCUUUUCAAGCUUUUCUUCCCAACCAUGAGAGUUGGAGAUCUACUUUUUUUUUUAAAUGAAAGUUGAGAUUCUGCUCUAAUCGAGUGACUCUGGAAACUGGGGCCCUAAUCUUGGGAAUUUAGUUUCUAGGUCUUAAUAAUCCCCAUGGGUCCUCCGGUUAUCUUUCACAUCUCCUCCAAUCAAGCCCUCCCACCCCUUUUUCUAACUCAUUGUCCCAUUCUGAGGCCCUAUGUAGAUUUCUCUCCCACAACAUCCUUGGCCUAUACCACAAUGGUUCUGUUUAUCAAGAGUAUGCAGAGGACAGGGGGCCCUUUGCAAAGUUUUUCUGAAACCAGAGCACUUUUUUGACACAUUUUUGCAAGCAGGCAGAACCACAGUGGCUUGAGAUCACACAGGAAAAGAAAGAAUGAAGUCAGUUGCUGGUCAAGGCAGCAUUUCAUUGCCUCUGUGGCUUCUGCGGUGCAGAUUUUCCAUUAGACAAAUAGGCCUGAAGCCGGAGAAUUCGGGGCUGCUCGAAAAAUAAAUCACUCCGGCUUAAAACGAAAUCUGCCAGUUCACAUGCAUCUGGCGGGGAGAUGGAAGGGGGAGAUGACCAGGGGUUUCAGCAAUACGUGGGACUAGAAAUUCUGUUCUAUUCCAUAAAGGUUCUUCUACCAUGCUCAUCACCAUAGCAUUUGAGCACCUUCCAGUCGUGCAUUAAGCAACGUGACUAACAUCUGUCACACAUGUUUGUUCUCUUACCCUGUCCCCAAGGGGAAAAUUGGGUGCACCGGAGUCAUGUAUUUAAAUUAGAGAAGGCCGCUCAAAGAAGCGCUCCUUGCCCUUGGAGCAGAAGAUGGGGCGGUUUGGGAAGGUCCUUUGUUCCUGGAAGAAUUCACGGCAGUCUGAAGAGAAUUCUAUCUCUUGCACAGGUGAGCUUUCCCCUUAUUUUAGAGUCCAAUUGGCCCAGAAGACCAAAGUUAUCCCCCAUGGUUUUCACUCCAGAGGUGUAGACCCAUUCGGAGAUCCUGGGCCCAGGCCACGGAGCGCCCUGAAGAUCAGGACCAGAAACAGCUUUGACUUCCUAGAAGAAUGGAUUGAGUUUUGUCGAAAAGGUCAAAACCACAGAUAUCCGGCUGGUAGCUGAUUUGCCGUUCAGAGGAGGAGGCUGGGUUUGCUGCAAUGGAUGAAAAAAAUCAGCUUCUGUUUUUUGUUCGUCUGUUUUUGCAACCAACUGGUCAAUAAUCAAUCAAGAGGUUGACAAGCUAUUCUAAGGAAAGGUGGUCCCCAGUGGUUAGUGCAUGAGCCUAGGAUGUGGACAACCAGUGUUCAGGUCCUUUCUCUGCUAUGGGAAUGUUCUAGAAUCCCCUCAGUGCCCGCACUGGCAUGGGGUCGUUCUGAAGGUCGGGUGCACUGGGGUCAUCGUCCUGCUGGUGAUGGUAGCCGUGCUGAGUGCUUGGGCAAUGAGCAGUAACAAUCCUUCCCACGGAUGCUGUGCUGAAGUUUUUCAGGGCUUCUCUAAUAAAGCAGAGGAAGGACCAGCCUCGAAGAGCGACAGUGUGACUCAGAGAACUGGAAGUGGAAGAGAAUGCAACACCAGCCUGGAGGACUUGUUUUUUCGUCUGAAGCAGAGUCUGUGUGAUCCGGCCCAGAUAAGCUCAGCAGGUGGCUCCAGGUGCAAACUCUGCCCCACGGAGUGGCUGCUGCACGGGGACAAGUGCUACUGGCUGUCUGACGAGACUAAGACCUGGAACAAGAGCCAUGAUGACUGUUCAGGGAAAGGAUCUCAAAUGUUGGUGAUCCAGGACCAGGAACAGAUGGAUUGCCUGCAGCCUGUCAUACCAGUUGAUCAGACCGUUUGGAUUGGAUUAACAUUCAACCCUUCACAGAGGAAGUGGAUGUGGGUGGACGGUGCCCCUGUCCAUGAAGAACUGGUCCCAGGAUUAAGUCAAGCUGAAGCGAGCAGCUGUGGAGAUUUAAGAAAGACUAGGAUUGAUUUUGAAAUCUGCAGCAGUGAAUUAAAAUGGCUCUGCCAGAAAGCAGCUUUCCUGCUAUAGACUGUGGCAGGACUGAUGUGGAAAGUAAAGAGUUUUCAGUCCCUGAAAUGGCUUCAGUAUGUUUACUUAUAAAUGUAAUAUCAGAUUGCUGCAUAUCUGGGGCCAGAGUGUGAAUCAGCCAUACUGGAGUCAAAGGGACCGGAACCCCAGCUGACGUACAUCUGCACCUUUGAAGUCAAUGGUUUUAUUGUCCACUAAAGAAAAGCAACCCCAGUGACGCACUGGGCCAUAAUUGCCAGAGGUUUUCCCCACUCCAGCCCCCCCAGGAAUAAAGAGGACACACACCUCCCCCCAGGGGUGGCAAAGCCAGGGAGCUAUUGCCCCCGCAAUGGAAAUAUUGUGAGUCUGCAUAACUGGCACACUUCUGGGAGAUGGAGGGCAAGAACAGGACCCGGAGGGCUGGAACGGGCCUGGGCACAGGUAGGGACCAAGCUUCCCAGCCUGAUUCCCUCUUCUCCCACCGCUAAGUUUCAGCACCUCCCUUCACAAUUCCCCUCCUGUUUCCCUGCCCCCACUCCCAGGGAACCUCCACUUCCACCCCUUUAACCCAGCUUUAAUAUGCUGCCCCAACUAGCCAUGUGACCUGUUAACCCUUUACAGGCUGCAGCACCUUGUCCUUGUUGCAGACUCUGUCUGUGUGUCCUGGAUGCAAAGCACGGUCACUUCUUUGGGAAAAUAAACGUUUGU